CGAUUUGAAGUGACGUUUAAUUGGUGUCGUUAGUUUAGAGGUCUUCGAUCAAGUAAAGAGACGUGAAUUCAUCAGUGAAAGGCGCUAGGUGAGCUGGAGAUCUUAACGGGUGGUGGCUGUUGAACUGAGGAUUAUGGACCGUUUUCCAAGUUUGAUCGGUAAACAUCGGCACUUUUCGGACUCGGACCGGCUACCUGGACCUCAUACGCCGUACUCAGGCUGCCGGAAAUUGUCCAAUAUGGAGGCUCUGGAGGAUACCCUUGCCAGUCUGAACCAGAGGAUCAGUGUGAUGAGUUUGUCGUCACGACCCGCACUGGACAGCUGGGAGUCCGAAUACUCCAGUGGAUAUGAUGAGAUGAGUUUACAAAGUGGCAGCAGUGUGGACUCCUGCUUCAGUAGUGAGGACAGCCUGGACUACACGGUCAUCCCCAACCCACGGGACGAGAAGACCCCCACCCAAGGACAGGCACAACUGCCAGACUUCUCAGGCCGCCCCGAUUUCUUGCAAAGAAGUUUCUCCACUCCCAACAGCUUUCCAUCUGUACCACCUCGCCGUGAUGUCAGACGGUCGUUGCGUGAAUCAGUGACGUCACAAUCUUCAAACUACAGCGUGAUCGUUUCAGCGCAGUUGAAAGACCCAAGCAAGAAAGAAACUGGCUGGCGGACAUGGUUACGUGGUCAGAGCAGGCUGUCGCUAAGAGACAACAGCACGCGCAAUAAGACGAAGUUGACGGUGUUUGACGAAGGCGGAGGAAGUCACGCGGUUUUGGUGGACGAGAAGACGACAGCUGGAGACUUGGUCAAGUCGAUGGUGGCCCGAACACAGAGCAAGGACAGCAUUCAUUGGUCAAUAAUCGAAGACCUGGAUCUUGGAAGAGCAGAAAGACUAGUUGAAGACCAUGAGCAGAUUUUGUCCAUCCGAACAAACUGGACAUCGGCCCGGAUGAACAAAAUCGUAUUCAAAAAUGAACCCAGGAAAAACGACCCAUUCAUGCAUCCAGAGCGUCUUUUCUCCGAGCACAUGAAGGACCAGAAGUCCGACCGGAAGCGGUUGACAGCAGACGCGGAGAGAGCACGGGAAAUCCUUAUGAUGGACUUAGUAGCGGAGUCAGACCGCACACCUGACCUCCAGGGAAAGCUGCACCUGAAGUUAGCCGGGGAGAGCAAAUGGAGGAAGGCCUACUGUUACUUGAGGGGUUCGGGACUGCACUACUCAACUAAGGGCAAAACUCAGGAUCCUAAACACUUGCGUUGUUUCUGUCGGCUUGAAGACGUGGACAUUUUCCUGGUGAGGCGUUCUGAGAAGAAGGACAAACUCCCGACGAGACACUGUCUUAUGCUCAAGAAUAAGAGGAUCCCAUUGGGAGAGGGUAUCAAAGAAGUGGGCUGUAUCUGUGCUAAAGACGAGGAGUCCUUUCUCACGUGGUUGUCAGGGUUACGGAUUGGAAAGUUUGGACCCCUUCUACGUCACAGCUUCAAACGGAGGCUCGGAAGUGCUGACAUCACAUUUUUGGCGGAGUCGUGAUGACGUCAUUGCGCGUGGGCAUUAUUUAUUCUGUCAUUCUAUCAUCAUAUACUUGGAGUCAAUACUCACUGUGGCACAAGCGCAUUAAGGACUGACUAAACCUAGAUGCAGAACGUCUAUAUAGAUAAGACUUGAUCAAGUGCCCAAAUACGUAUACACUGUAUAUCCUCCCACUGUAUACACUCCGAAUCUCCUCUCACAUGGUUUCUUAGAGAAAACAACCACCUGUGAGGAAAAUGCAGCAGUAAUCAAUACAUAUUCAUAUUCUAUGCAGAUUAGUAUUAUGGAUCACGUGUGUAAAGGUUCCAAUAAUAUUUAACGUUAUCGGUAUUUAUUGCACAAUUCAUGUAUUAUUUAUCGAACAGAUGAAAGGAUAAAGCGCAUGGCCAUUAAAUCCAAAACUAUGCAGGCCUACAUCGUAAUGGUCCUUGAUGGCUGAGCGACGUAAUGGGCUCUGCCUCGUGUCCACUUGCCGUGAGUCCACUUGGUGAGGUCGUAGCUUCCAGUCCAAACUUUGCUGGAUCAGCUUUGGAUGCAAAUCUGUUUCUUUCAAAUGUAAACUUGGCGGGUGUCACAGAAGUGAAAUACUCCUGAGUUCGACGUAACACAAUGGAAUAAAUAAAUUCUACAUCUGUAAUGUGCGAGUGUGCAGGUGAUACCCAGGUACUCACUUUUUAGCCAUUGACAUUUCGUUCGACGAUUUGUUACAGCCGGGUUGUCUCCCCUGGGGUGUGCCGUUUUUCUUCAUCCACAAUUUGUACCUGAUCCCAUUGUCCACUGUGCAAGUGAGUUUUAUCGUUGCUGGGUGAAAAUACGAUCGCCAAAGAAACAACAACAACAACAUAACUAAUCACUUUAGUGCUAUAACAGAUUGAACGCGGAAAUGCUUAAAUUUUAUUGAAGAAUGUUACUGUAGAUAUACACAGGUGCUCUAGUCUCUCGCCCUUUCAACAAUUAAUCUGUGUUCUAGUCUCUCGCCAUUUUCCUAGAAAUGUGGGCACUUAUGGGCGUUUAUUGACAAGAAAACACGACUUCUGAAUUCCCAAUCUUCAGCAAUAUUUAUAUGCCUCGCAUGCAUCUGAUUUCACAGUAAAUAUUUGUUGGAAUAAGUCAACAUAUACAGCAAUGCGAACAUGCGAAUUCCUUGUGAAAUAGGGUAGAGGGGCAAAUUUCAUGGAGCGUAAAACUUGCGGAGAUAUUUCUUGCAAUACACGCUGUCCGUGCUGUGGUUCUGUGUGAAAAUUCAAAUGGCGUCAUUUGCGGAAGAAUAUCUCCAUAUAUGAAGCAGCCCGAGGUAUUAUUCCAGCCAUCAUAUCACGUGACCAAAGAAAUUUACAAAUUGUAUGUACAGCUGUUCUCUGCGCUUAAAUUUGUGGAAACAUUUACUCCAGUACAAACUCUUGUUCACUUCACACGUAACAGUACGCUCAAAUUUGAGGAAAUGUUUACCCCAUUCAUGAUAUUAGUACAUUUUAGCCGUUUUGCUCAAAAUUGGGCAUCUGUUACUAUGCUCAAACUGGGGAAACCUUCAUUUCAUUUUUAAUCUGUGUGCAGAUCAGUUUAUCGCUCAUAUUCUGUUUUUAUUAUUGUCUCGUUUAAUUGUGCCAUUGACCAAAGUUAUAUAUGAAUAUACAAUAUUUAGUCAAAAGACACGUUAUAUUUUUAGAUUAUUCUUUACGGAAUAAAUAGUUGCUGUUUUAAUUCGA